AUGGCUAAACGAGCGCUUACCAAGUACAACAUCCUCAUCAUCGCCUUUGCGGCGCUGGGGUCGCUGACCUUUGGCUACUCCAACAUGAUAAUCGGGAGCACGCUGGGGCAGCCGACGUUUGUGGACUACUUCCACGUCAACCGCGGCGGCAACGCCGACAAAAUCACCGGCGCCAUGAACGGCAUCUACACGGGCGGCGGCUUCCUCGGCGCCCUCUUCUCGGCGUGGACGGCCGACCAGUACGGCCGCAAGAAGACCAUCUUCCUCGGCGCGCUGCUGGCCACCAUCGGCGGUGGCAUCACGGCCGGCGCCAUGAACCUGGCCAUGUUCCUGGUGUUCCGCUUCGUCAACGGCUGGGGCAUCGGCAUGCUGCUGUCACUGGUGCCGCUGUACCAGAGCGAGGUGUCGCCGCCGCACAACCGCGGCCUGAUGGUCGGCUUCCACGGCGUCCUGGUUACGAUUGGCUACUGCGGCGGGAGCUGGAUCGGCUUCGGCUUCUACUUCUUGAGCGGCCUCAACGGCGCGCAGUGGCGCCUGCCGCUGGCCAUCCAGGCGAUCCCGCCGCUCCUGUGCUGCUGCAGCAUCCUCGUCCUACCGGAGUCGCCGCGCUGGCUCAUCGCGCAGGACCGUGCCGAGGAGGCGCUCGCCAUUGUGCGCCGCCUGCACCACGACCCCAAAGACCCCGACGACGCCUAUGCCGUGCGCGAGUAUCACCAGAUCCUGCAGCAGCACGAGAUUGAUCGCAAGUUCAACGUCUCGUGGUACGAGCUGUUUGCCAAGCCGUCGUACCGCAAGCGCAUGAUUAUCGGCUUUGUUGUCCUGUUUGGUGCCCAGACGACGGGCACCACUGUGAUUGCGAACUACGGCCCCCAGCUCUACAGCACCCUCGGCUUCGACUCGACCCUGCAGCUGCUCCUCAACGCCAUCUACGCCACCAUUGCCCUGGUCGGCAACUUCUUCAACGCCUUCACGCUCGACCACGUCGGCCGCGUCAAGGCCCUCAAGAUGGGCUGGCUCGGCGACCUCGCCUGCCUCGUCGGCGAGUGCAUCGCCCUCAGCGUCUACGAGCGCACCGCCUCGCGGCCCGCCGCCGUCGCCUGCGUCGUCUUCUUGUUUGCCCACAUCUUCUGCUUCGCCUUUAACAUUGACGUCACCACCUACGUCUACACCUCCGAGAUCUUCCCCAACCACAUCCGCUCCAAGGGCAUGGCCUGGUCCAUCAGCGCCUACUUUGCCGCCCUCAUCGUCUACCUGCAGGUGGCCCCGACCGCCUUCAACACCAUUGGCUGGAAGUUUUACCUCGUCUUCAUCCUCGCGCUCGCCGCCUUUAUCACGCCGCUCUUCUUCUACUGCCCCGAGACCAAGGGGCUGAGUCUCGAGGAGAUUGGCCGCCUGUUUGGCGACGAGGCCACGGACAUUGCCCUCGACGGGCCGAGCCGCCUCGACGACAAGCUGGGCAUGGGCCGCGAUGUGGAGAUGAUGGAGCCGGUGCACGACGAGGGCGAGGAGUAG